AUGGUCGAGUUGGGUAAGCGUUUGUUUAGUAGAUCUUUCAGGAAAAAAGAGCCUGUCUCUCCUGAUAUGAUUAAUCGCAUUUGCCCCACUUUUGCUCACAGCAAUAGCAAUCUCAAGGAUUUGCGCACAGCCUUAUUAUUUGCUUUAGGAUUCUAUGGUCUCUUUAGGAUUAGUGAGUUACUGGAUUUGCAAUUUUCCGAUGUAACAGUACAUAAUGACUAUUUAGAAAUCCUUCUUAAGUGUAGCAAAACCGACCAAUAUAGGGAAGGUAAAAAAGUACUUAUCUCCAAGAUCGGAGGCAUUAAUUGUCCUUACGCUCUCAUCGGUUGCUUUCUUGACUGCGUCAGAGUCAAUAGAAAUUCUUCACUCUAUAAUUUUGGGGCAGUG